GCUGACUGUGUUAAAAACUUCGGCGGGGCCAUUUUGGGGGCAGUAAGACCCAGCGCGGGCCCGCGGGACACCGGCCGCUAAGCGCCGCGCAUUCACCCUCCUGCCAGGCACCAUGAGCGAGGCGGCGGAGACCAGCACCCCCAGCCCGGCGCCCACCGCAGCCGCCGCCGCGACCGCCGCCGCCUCCCCGGCCGGAGCCCCUGCGCCGCCGUCUCCCGCCGGCCCGGACGCCAAGCCCAAGAGCCCUGUCAGCGCCGCCGCGCCAAGCGCGGCUGCUGGGGAGGCGGCCCCCGGCGCUGCUGCUGCCGCCGCCGCAACCGCAACCACAGCCGCAGCCGCAACCACAGCCACAACAGCCGCGGCCGAGACGGAGAAGAAAGUGCUUGCCACCAAAGUUCUUGGCACAGUCAAGUGGUUCAACGUGAGAAAUGGAUAUGGCUUUAUCAAUAGAAAUGAUACCAAAGAAGAUGUGUUUGUUCAUCAGACGGCGAUCAAGAAAAACAACCCCCGGAAAUACCUGCGCAGUGUUGGUGAUGGAGAGACCGUAGAGUUUGAUGUGGUCGAGGGAGAGAAGGGUGCAGAAGCAGCUAAUGUCACUGGCCCAGAUGGAGUUCCUGUAGAAGGCAGCCGCUACGCCGCAGACCGGCGCCGCUAUCGACGCGGCUAUUUCGGCCGGCGCCGUGGACCACCUCGAAGUGGUGUCGAGGGAGAGAUAAAGGAUGUGGUCACAGAAGGAGGACAACUUCAUCAGCAAGUCCCUAGGAAUCCCACAUACCGUCCCCGCUACCGCAGAGGGCCCCCACGUCCACGGCCUGUCCCAGUGGCUGGAGAGGCUGAAAACAAGGAGAACCAUCACGAGGCCAACGCCAUGAGCCAGCAGCCCCCUCGCCGGGGGUACCGGCGCCCCUACAACUACCGGCGCCGGCCUCGUCCACCCAACGCUCCGGCUCCGGAUGGGAAGGAGACAAAAGUAACUGAAACACCUGCUGAAAAUCCUGCUCCAGUGACUGAGCAGAGUGGUGCUGAGUAAUGCCCAGCUCCUCAGGCACCUUUACCAUCCCUCAGGUAAGGAACAGAGAUACUUCCUGUUCUCCAAAUGAAUCACAGGAUGAUAGGGGCUGGAAGAGACCUCUUGAGAUCCAGUCCAACCCCUCUGCCAGAGAAGGAUGGCCCACAGUGUAUCACACAGGGACAAGCCC